CGAGAGAGGCUAGCAGUGGCCAAGUAGUGACCCCUCAGAUGGCCACGAGAGAGGCUAGCAGUGGCCAAGCAGUGACCCCUCAGAUGGCCACGAGAGAUGCUAGCAGUGGCCAAGCAGUGACACCUCAGAUGGCCACGAGAGAUGCUAGCAGUGGCCAAGCAGUGACUCUUCAGACAGCAGAGAUGGCCACGAGAGAGGCUAGCAAUACCCAGAAGGUGAUUCAACAAGCAGUAGCAUCAGAGCUCGCUUUGGAUGAAGCUCAUUCAACGACUCCACUUUUACCGCAAGUGACCAACAGCCUACAAGCAUCGAUACACCAAACGCCGCAUUUAGCCACGGAAGGAAUGCGCAGUGUCCAGGUACUGGCAGAGCAAAUGGCCGUAGAAUCAGGUACCAGUACCAGUGUUCCAAUGGAGACUUGGGAAACACCUCAGAUGACAGUUAAUUAUAUUAGAGCUCAUGCAGUCAUCCAGCAAGCAGCGACUACAGACCUAGGUGUAGAAGAUUCGCAUUCAGUAUUUCCAUUCACACCACAGGAGGGCAGUGCCAUGCAAGCAGGUGUUCAACAGACCUCGCAUAUGGGCAUGGAAACAACGAGGCAUGGCCAGUCAGAAACUCUCCAGAUUGCACCCGGGAGCCUGAGGGAGACCAUUGCCCAGUCUGGGGUCCUGCACGCAGUGUCUUCAGAGGUAGACUUGGAAGAAGCACCUUCAGAGACUUCAUCAUUGAUCCCGAAGGCCUUUAAUGUCUUGUCUGUGCUUCGACAGACAGCAAGCGAGAAUAUAGAGGGAAUGAGCGGUGCAGACGCAGUGCCUGGUCAGACAUCGUAUGUGACUAUGGAAGCAGGGAGCAGGGCUGAGUCAGUGAUGAAGGUGACAGGGACUGCAGAGUUAGAUUUAGAAGAGUCACAUUCAUCAGCUUUACCUUCACUGCAUAUGGCCAGUAAUAUCCAAACUUCAAAACAAGUAACACCAUAUAAAUUAGAAGUCAACAGUGCCUCGACAGUGCCUCAUCAACCAUCUGAGGUAGCUAUGAAGGAUAGCACCACAUUGACUACAGAAGGAUGGGAAACAGUAAUUCCAAUGACAGAAGAGAGAGUAAGCAAUGUACAGACAAUAACUCGUUUGCCGACUCAGAUGGAAGGAGUUAACAAUGACCAGGAAGAAACUUGCACUAGUUUUGCAGUAACUCAAGCAGUAGCUUCUGAAGUAGAUAUGGAUGAAUCACAUAAAGUGGCUUCAUUUUUGCCACAUGCAAGUAGUAGUGUGCCUGUUGUGACUCGGCAGACCUCUCACCUUGCAAUGGAAGGAACCAGAUCUGCGCAGACACUGAAAGAAUCACCAAUAGAGACUUCUCAGUUGCCACAGGUGGUUACCAACGUCCAAGAAAGACCUUACAGGUCCAUGGAAGCCCCUGACCGUACACAAACAGUGGCGCCGCUGUCAUCGGUCUUUUUAGGAUUGGAGAAUCCACACGUGCCUAGCUACAUCCAAGAAGUGGCACGUUGUAUAUCUCAAACCACAGAAAAAGCUAAUAAAACAGAGGAACCUCAGGUGACACAGGCUGUAUCAUUUGGUGAGCAUUAUAACGCAGUGACUGUGAACCCCAGGGCAUCACUGAAGCCACUUACAUUCGUUGAUGGUGAAGCCCACACACCUCUUGCAGCUUCAACACCCGUAAAUACACAAACUUCUGUGGUGGUGGAUAAGGAACAGUCUUGUCUUGAAGACAGUGCGUAUGCCACAGCAACUCCAACAGACUUGGAAAAGUUCGCUAAGGAAACAUCCACUCCCAUACCAGAACAGAAAGUGUCUCCAUCAAACGUCUCUCACGAUACAUUGGAAACGUCAUAUGGAAUGGUCGGCCAUCAGACUCCCCAAACAACAUUUUUAUCUGAAAGCGAGAAGAAAUCGGUGGAAGAUGACAGUUUAUUUGCGGAAGCCAGCGAAUUUUCAUGUGAUAUCGAUGGCUUUAAGGCAAUUCUGACCAGUAAUAUUGAGGAUGAAGAAAAAAUUUACAAAUUAAAUACCGAAAUGUUGGAGAGUAAACCAGAGCAGAAGCUUCGUGAUGGGGGCUUGAAGUUGCCAGAAAGAAAUUACAGAGAGGAAUUUAUUGUAACAUCAGAAGAGGAAUUUUUCUCAGCAGAAGAUACAGCCUUAGCUUCAAGUUCUGAUAGCGUAACAUCUAUGACCUCUCAUAUGUGUCACAGUGACAAAAAUUUGAGUAGUUCACAGGUAGUACACCUUGAUAACAGAAGGGAAAUGAGAGAUUUGGAUAUGCAGAAAGAAAAAUCAUUGACAGCCAGCGGAAGUAGUACCACCGAAAACUUGCCUUGUGUGACUGCCAUUCCAGCCAAAGGUUCUGAAACCAUCAAAAAUGACAAUUACCUCUAUAAAAAGGGGCAUGCUGGCAAUAUCAUUAGAAGUUGUGCUAAAGAUCCGAAUGUAGUCGUCUCAUCUUGCAGUGUUCCACGUGUAACAUUACAGCAAGAAGUCUCGGAGGAAACUUACAAAGAAAAGGAGAAAGCUAAGCAGGCAGAGAGGGGUGAGGAAGCGGGACGAGAGAGCAGUAGGAGCAGGAGUGUAGACCGGGGCCUCAAGAGCGCUCUGCCAGGUAACAUCGGUUUACCGCAUGGCAACGAGGGCCAGCCCAUUGCCAGCACGAACGUCAUUGGUCAGAGCGCUUUGGCAGGCUUUGGCACGAGUACAAAGGGACCAUACUCGAGUUCAGUUACUGGGGAAUAUUUAGAAAAGGAAGCUAAUUUAGCAAAGCUGCAAGAUAGAGACAGUACCGUGCGCACAUCAACAUCAUCAGACAGUCAGCAUAUUCCUGUCAAGAGCGAAGUACAGGACCUAAGCAGGAGCACUAAGAAUGAUGGCAAAAGUGGAGGGAAGGUGCUUGGAAAAAUUGCAAAAGGGUGCACUGAGAAACUUGAAAAUGUUGUAUUCCAUGAAACAUCAGAAACUAAUUACAGUAUAGCAAAGAAUGCAAAAGUUACAGAAAUAGCAAGUUUGCCCCAUUUAGGAAAAUUCAUUGCUUCUGAUACAGAGACCAAAACUACAAGGGAAGACAAAGCAAUUCCAUUUAAAGAGAACAUUUCCAUAUCAAGUAAUACUACAAAAGUUACUCAAAGAAAGGAAGUCAAAAAAAUAUUCCCUUUGAAAAGAAAAGCGCCCCACAGGUUGAUUCAAGUCAUGCAACUUCAUCAAGUCCAGCUAAGGUGAAUCAGCAGUUACAGAAGAGAAGUCCAGAAGGUCAACGUA